UUCUUUCAAUUCUUCCAUUCGUUCUAGAAUUUUCCCCCGAAGAUUUUCUGUGGGCCGUUUUCCAUCCAAAUCGAUUCAUCGCCAGGAAGAGGGAAACCAGAGAUUUUCAUCUUCGUUUCGUUUCGUUUUGAUUUUGUUGUUUUUUUAUUGCAUUAUGGCUCUUCACGGGCUGCGCUGCCUUUUCCUCGGAACUCUUUUUGUUCUUCUUGCUCUUCAUGCUUCCGCUGGAUCUCCCCCUUCUUCGAUUGUAGAUGGGUUUACGAAGGAUGUGAAGGAGAUGAUUGGGAAGGGAUUAGGGCUUGUGGCUGACGAUUUGAAGAUCACGGGAUUCGAUCUCAAAGAUGCCAAGGUUGGGCAUUCGGUUGCGUACGAGUUCGAGUUGGAGAUCGGUAACCAAGUUUUUCCAUUGAAGUUUCUGGAAAAUGCCCAACAUUGGGAAUACGUUGAUUUGCCCAUUUUUCAAAUUCAAGAGCAGCCUCGAGCUCAACAAGGGGACGAGAAUUUGUUGGUCCAGAAACGUAAUACUGCCUCUGAUUUGCCUGUCUUGGCUCCCUUUCAGCUCGCUGGACCGAUGGAGCUCUGGAUUCAGGAUGCUGAUGGCUUGAGGGUCUCGUUGCCUCAUGAUGUGGAUGCUGGUGUCUUGAAGAAGGUUGUUUUAGCAGAUGGAGCAGUUGUCACUGUAACUGGGGCUAGGUCUGUUAGCCUGCGCCAUUCGCUCAAUCUUCCUCUCCCGCUCAAUCGAACACAACCCGGUUUUGCAUCGGGGCUUGUAGCUUUGGCUGAACAGCUCCACCACAUUUCCCGAUCUCAAUCUGCCCCCAUCCUUUCUCUUCGUAUAGUCGGUCCUACCUCCCUCACUUCUUCUCCUAGCUUCAGCAACAAGCUCAAGCUCAAACGCCUUGCCCCUGGUCUAGUGGAACUCUCAUCCCCUUCCAAAAAAAACAUCCAAGCCAUUCAGUCUCCUUCCCCUGUCCAGCUUCAAGCUGGAGCCCCUACCAUGCUAACACCAAAGACAUUCACAACGCUAUGGCCAAUUGCCUCCAUCAAUGGAUCGAACUCGAAAUUACUUGGCUUUGAAACACUUCUCACGUCCCUUCUCGGCUCCAAGGCAGACAAAAAGGGCUCCUUCAAGCUGCUGAAGGCCGACAUUUCCGCCCAAACAACCGUGAAGAUUGGGUUUGGUGUCGACAAGAAGUUGAAAGAAGGAGAUGGGAUCAACUUGGAGGGAUUUCCAGAAUGGAGGACUAAGCCUGAGGUUGUGAGGAUGCAUUUCGAGGUCCUGGCGAAGGUCGACGGUGAACGGAUCAUACCAGAGAGGGUGGUGCCAGUUAAUCCAGUCGUUAUCGAGGAUACGGUGGCUCCUCAUUUGCAACUGGGCAAUGUGACUGUGUCGAAAACUCCAGUUGUUUACACCCCAGCUGAUCCAUUCACCAUUUAAGGUGGAAUCUGAAGGUUUGUUUUGAACACAGUGUCUUCGGGUGGAAAGUGUAGAAAGGAUACAGAUUGAGUGUGAGUGGUGAGCAUAGAGAAGGUCAUAAAUACUGUACAAAUUAUUGAAGGUCAUAACUUUAAUACUUUCUGCUAGUUUCAUUGAGCUAUGUAAAGCUUUUAACCCCAUGCAUUGCAUGGUUCUCCUUAAUCCAUUCAUCCUAUUUAUAUCAUAAAAGAUUUGAA